AUGUGGCACUAUGGAGCACGGACGCCGAAACCUACGAUCAUAUGGUCACGAAGCUCUGCUAUCAACGGGUUUUGGACCCGGCAACUCAAGCGAUCUCAGGUCAGAGCGGAGGAGAAGCAGCGCAACCCAUCGAAUCUCCGGGAUCCUGUUCAUCGCUACGAAGAUGCUGCAGGACGGCUUAAAUUCCAUGGCACUGAAUCGAUGAAGAUGACAGGGAAGUACACACCUGAAUUUGGUGACAAGAUUGCUGAAGAAUGUGGUCGCCUCAUCCGUGCUUGCCCAAAGCUUGAUGAUCCAGAUGAGACAGCAGACCCACUUGAGAUGUGGGUUUCGUGGAGUUGGGGUUCUAUGUGGGAUGAGGCCGCAAUGAGAGAUGUUGUCAAGUACCUGUAUGGAGCAAAGUCCUUACGCAUUCCUGGUGCUUGGAAGCAAGUUUUGCCGGAGUAUGUAUAA